GCUCAGCCCCGGCGUCCCGGCGCCCUUCGGGUCCAAGGGAGGGGAGCGGGAGGCCCGAGGGUUCCACGCGGCGCAGGGCGGGCAGGAGGCGGGCGGUGGGGCACAGGAUGCCUCCCCCGCCCGGCACAUGACCCAGGCCGCCCAGCGGGACCUGCAGAGCCGAGUCCGCGCGCAGGGUGCGUGUUCCCGCGCGGGCGCAUGGCCUCCCCGCGCCUCGGCACCUUCUGCUGCCCCACGCGGGACGCGGCCACGCAGCUCGUGCUGGCCUUCCAGCCGCGGGCCUUCCACGCGCUCUGCCUGGGCCUCGGCCUCCUGCAGCUGCUGCCCCCGCGCCGGCCCGCGGGCCCCGGGAGCCCCUCGCCCGCCCCGACGGCCCCCGCCCCGGCCCGCGCCCGCAUCCUGCGCGCCGUCGUCGCCUGCGACCUGCUCGGCUGCCUGGGUAUCAUAGUCCGCUCCACAGUGUGGCUGGGAUUACCAGAUUUUGUUGAAAACAUCUCAGACGUGAACGGAACAGACAUCUGGCCUGCCGCUUUCUGCGUGGGGAGCGCGAUGUGGAUCCAGCUGUUGUACAGUGCCUGCUUCUGGUGGCUGUUCUGCUAUGCCGUGGACGUCUACCUGGUGAUUCGGAGAUCGGCAGGACUGAGCACCCUCCUGCUCUACCACGUCAUGGCGGGAGGCGUGGCCAUGCUGCUCUGCAUGGAGGGCAUCGCCAUGCUCUACUACCCUUCCCUGUCCAGAUGUGACAAGGGUGUGGAGCAUGCCCUCCCCCACUACGCUGCCACUUACCUGCCACUGCUGCUCGUACUCAUGGCCAACCCCAUCUUCUUCCAAAAGACAGUCACCACAGUGGCUUCCUUACUAAAAGGAAGACAAGGCAUCUACACGGAGAACGAGAGACGGACGGGAGCUGUGAUCAAGAUCCGAUUUUUCAAAAUAAUGCUAGUUUUGUUUCUUUGCUGGUUGCCAAAUAUCAUCAAUGAAAGCCUUUUAUUCUAUCUUGAAAUGCAACCAGAUAUCAAUGGAGGCACCUUGAGAUCUGUCAGAAAUGCAGCCAAGACCACGUGGUUUAUUAUGGGAAUCCUGAAUCCAGCCCAGGGGUUUCUCUUGUCUCUGGCCUUCUACAGCUGGACAGGGUGCAGCCUGGCUCUUCAGAACCCCAGGAAGGAGAUGCAGUGGGAAUCGAUGGCAACCUCAGCCACCCAGCCAGUGUCCUGCCCAGUGGGGUCCAGACCCUGUGCGAAGGGCGCCCCCGGGAAGAUGGCGCCGGGCGGCGGGCACACGUUGGAGGAGACCCCGAGCGUGCUGUCUGAAGGUUCCGAUGCCAGCAUGGUUGAAAUCCAUGUUGCCAGCGGGUCCCGCAAUGGAAACGAGGCCGACGCUGCACCCCGAGCCAAGGGAGAGCCGUGAGAAGGGCCGCAGCCGGAAAGGUGCAGGCCUCAUGUUUCCCCUUCUGUAGACGUGUGUUCCCGCCUUCCCAGCCCCACACUGCCCCGGUGUAGCAUCCCCCAGACCUCAUGCUCGUCCUCAUAGAGCUUCUUCCUUGAGGAUGGUCUCUGUGGUGGGAGAAAGGGGCACUGCGCGGCCUAGCUGGGCUUGUUUCCCCGGGGGUCCUCCUGGGGCUGCCUUGCGCUAAAGGCCGGGUUCAGGCCCUUGGAAACGUAGUGAAAUAAAACACAGAGGUCGUGACUGAGCGCCCUGCCUGCCCUGGGUUAUCUGAGCACCACUGCUCCCAAAUGCUCGGGUAAGGGAUCAGUGCCAGGCAGCAGCAAGACACAGCCCACAGGCCAGACGGGGACAAUGGGGAGGAGCACGGGGGGUCGUCAUAAGCCCACGAAGGGGCAGAGCUUUGAUCACUAAGUCUGGAGGUUGCAUGCUGCCGAGCAAAAACGAAAAAGUCUAAGGAAUCCUUAGAACCUGGCUACGACUUCUAUGCCCAGGUCACUGCCUGGCCUCUGUCUUUCCAUUAGCUACAGCCUGUGUAUGUAUGUAUAUGUGUGCGUAAUUACUCACAUAUAUUCAGUGUAUUUUGUAAAAAUGCUGCAGCAGGCAUUGGCGUUGCAAACCAUCAGGUGUGUGUGCAGAAAGGCGAGGCACACUAGUUUCUCAAGACACUGCAGCCAGCACUGCCCUGUCACCCCCGCCCCCAUAAUAUCGAGAUCCAGAUUCCCUUUUACUCUAGAGAAGUUGUACCGGAAGCUUCUGGAUUUGUAGCUGUGGAGAGCCUUGGGCUGCAGGUUGGGUCUGCGUUGCCCAGGGCUGCCCCAGACUCUCUGGAUAAUUGCUGCUGUGUCUUUUAAGAAUGGAGUUGAGGUGGAUCACAUCACCUUGCCUGGGACAGAGAGAGGGGAAGGCAUUUUAGCUUGUCAGGGGCGUGUUUGCAUUCUUCCUGUCAGCUGUGGCAGUCCCUCUGCCCCCAGCCUUAGAAGCCUCUCCAGUAACUGAGGAGUCCCCCCCAUCUGAUAGGGCUCAGCCCAACUCCAGAGGCAAAUAUGCUAGCUAUUCACUCUGCCAGCCUCUUGUGGGUGCGACAAGGCACAUGACCUGACAGAGCCCAGCAGACAUGUCUCCCAAGUCCCUGAGUCAGGAGCGAGUGCCUGGCUGGAGCUGGGGCUGCAGAGAAGCCCUUCUGGAGCAGGGCUGGUGGUGGCUGUUGCACAGCCACGUCCUGGUUGGGACCAGCUUUGGGUGUGCUUCUGGAGGUGGGCCCAGGUCUCCAGGCAGGGUGUGGAGAGGGCCUGUGGCCCCCUGUGCCCUGUUGAGCUCUGGGUGCUGUUCCUGCUGUCUCCAAGCCUGGCCCCCAGCCCUCCCGGAGAGCCUGGAGGCUGCUCAGUGUCCUUCUCAUUCCUUCUUUUUGGCUUACGUUGGCCAGAGUCAGCUUCUGAAGCCCAUGAGCGGGAACUCUGAUUGAUGAUCUGGUUGUCUUGCCUCCUGUCAGACGGGACUCUGGGUACCUGCAGCCAGAUCCACGUGGCUUGGGGACGUGGACUGGGGUGAGCCGAGAGGGCAAAGGAGGGGGUGCCCUCUAAUGCCUUCCUGCCAGGUACUGGGGGAGUAAAAGUGGGUAUCGGUGCUGUGGUGCAUCGAGCCAGCCUGGCCAGUAAGACAGAUGAUAACCGAGCAAAGAAAUGGGCUAGAGAAGCACAGACCCACUCGUUUUGAGCUAUCUUCCCAUGGCGGCCGGCUGGGGGCUGAGUGCCGUGUGCCACGGGGGCCAUGAAUCCAUAGGUGGCUUGUCCUGUGGCUGUCUUCAAGGUGGCAGACUCUAGAGUGUGUUUGGGUGCUAGAGAAUGAGCCAGUGGAGAGAAAGUGGUAGUGACGGAGCGAGGGGACAACUACAGGAGUGCCUGUGAGAGGC